AUGCUUCGAAGUCUUCAACAUGUAGAAUCCCACAUAAACCAAUGUCGUCGAAUUUCGACUACAUCUACACUUCUCAAGAACAGAGCUGGUAAAACUAAGUCAACAUCGAAUCGGACACAACUUCUGACUUAUGAGAUGGCUCAAAAACCGCAUCACAUCGGCGUCAGAAAGUCUUGGCUCACUUGGCAUUCACAAAACCUCGAAGAGUUCCGACAAUCACAACCACUGGUUGUCGCUCAAGACGAAGUCGUUCGUCGUUUCAUCAGAGGAUUCUUCCCGCAAAAUCUCGUAGUCAGCGGAAACGAGAUUGUGAUUAAACGACGAGGAAACGUGCUAAUUGUUGCUGGCUUCCUCCAGUAUUCUCGUAGACUGGACAUUCGGCGUAUCUACUGGAUGUUCGGAUUUGCAGAAGAAUUCCUAUCGAUUCUACUGAAACAGCCUGUGAAAUUGGAACUGUCGUUCGUGGAGUCGGAAGAGACCGUGGCAUACAACUACAUCUAA